AUGUAUAAGCGGUUAUACCACUCUCCACUCUCAUGUGGAUCCUUUGCACAUCUACCUUUCCAUUUUUUAGUAUUUUUACAGCUCCUCAUCACAUCUAAUGGAUUACAUUUCUCUAUAAAUCCUCCUGGCUCUUCAGCCUUUUUUAUGCACUCGGAAACAGCUGGCGGCGGAAAUUUUUCUCAUCGUCUCCUUUAUCUGCAAAAUGACUGUCCUUCCUCAACUGAUCAGCAACUUGUUGUUUCGAGUGGAAAUCGAGCUGAAUCCGUUCACUUGUUUCCUGCUAUUAUUCAAAACUUGCAUUGUGCUGUAAGCGUCAAGUUGGUGCAAGAUAUAGUGAAGCUGGACAGACCUUAUGUAGAUGUACUGGCAGUAGCAGAUCUGUCUGUUUUGAGUUUUAUCAAGCAAACAGCUUGCGUAGCCAUUCAAAUUACAAAUUCUGCAAGCGAGAUCGUUACAUCACAAUGUCAGCUGUCGCCGUUCGAAGAAGGACGUCAGCAAUGCUUAUCACGUAUUCAAAUUCCUUAUUCUUGGUUUGGCUCAGUAGGAGGUUCAGCUAACUUAUCUUCCCCUUCUAAUAUCACCCGCCAGGUUUUGCAAAUGUCUUAUACUGUGUCAAGUACAUGCAAUAUACCAUUCUAUGACCGUCCUCAGCAAUCAAUUAGUCUCGUUCCAUUUGUGGAAAAUGCUCAAGCUCACACUCUAGUCAAGAACAAGGAAGCCGAUCUCUCCUUAUUAUCAAGAGCCAAUAUAACUUUAAAUCUUCGAUCACUCAAUUCUUUUUUCGUUCAUCUAUCUUUCACCAACUCAUCAGCUAGUGUAUUGACGUCAUUGGAGAUAAGGUUAUAUCUGGAUGCCAGAGUUGAUUUAAUCUCAGUUUCUGGAUUGUCGAGGGAUACUUGGUCAAUCAGAGCUUCUACAGCUCCUCGACCCGAUGUCUAUACUUCAAUCAUCUGUCUCCCGCGCACCAACAUUACGAAAUGGGAUGGUUAUUUGUUUUCUCUAUUGAUCAAAAUGAAAGGAGCAGUUACGGAAAACAAAAAGCUCGAAAGAGGUGAAGAUGGUGCAGAUGCAGUUCUUCAUUGGGAAAUUCGUAUGGCCACAUAUAAUGCGACUGAGAAUUCGUCAGACAACUCCACAGAGAAAACAAUCGUAGAAAGAGUAGCUACCAAGUUUGGCGUUACCCCGGACUCAGUUUAUGCUCUAGUUCCAGUCGCUAAAAGUACGGAUAUAGUCAAUACAGGGAUUCUGUCUGGCAGACAAUCAGCCACAAGCAUGAGGGUGUAUACUGUUUCUCUGGGAGGGACUGUGAAAGAUGUAACAUCGCAAUCUCAUUGCAUCUCUGCUGAAUCCAAAGUUUUGAAAACAAGCCCUACAUGCACAACUGUUUAUGUUGACGGCUCAGAGAUGAGAGGAAUAGCUCACAUUCGCGUUCAUGUGCAUUUCGAUCGUUGGACAACAAGUAUAGGAUUCACUGUUUGGUAUCCGAGACUGCCUAUUGUGUUGUGGGUGAGGGAUAGCACGUUGAAUGCGAUAGAUUCAUGGCCUGUGGCUAAAUUACGCGAGCUAAAGGAAAAUGCAAAACAACGUCGAAGAGCAGCCAAACAGUUUUCUUGUACUAGUCGUUAUCAACAGACAGAGUUGAUUGUGCUCGCUUCUUUCGUUGUAACAGAUGAAAGAACAGGCGAGAGAAUGUAUUUAAGUGGCAAUAGGGAAAUUUCUUUUGAUGUUACAGCUUUAGCAGCUGAAAGCAUUCAAAGCUUGGACCGAUCCAUUGCCACCGUGAGACAUGUCAAUCGUCGCAUUUUAAUUCAAGCGACUGGUCCAGGCUCAACAAGAGUUGUCUUGAAACGACAAGGAAUUGAGUAUGGAGGAGUCCCAUUGAUUGUUACCGACGAGAAAGUCUCCUUGGAUCAUCUGUCAGCUUUACCCAUUGUAGAGAUGAACAUCAACGUCGAACGAAUGGCUGGAAAGCGGAAGAACUAUCAUGUUCAAACAGAUUUAGAAACAGCCUUCACUCAUCGCUUCCAACAUGGCUCUCUUUUCUAUCAAUUGCAUUAUUCUGAUGACACUAUGGAACCACUUGACGACGUCAUCACUUCCGAUUAUAACUUCCGAGCUCUGUCAAUGGAUGAACGAGUUGUGGGGUUAAGUCACAAGUCGGGGAGCGCUGUGGAUCUUAUCGCUCUGGAUGACCUACGAGAUCCUUCGGUAGAGUUGGAGCUCCGAGCACCUCCGCAUUGUUCUGAAUCUGAUGCACCUCCUUUGGCAGCUACUGUUGUUCCUCUUCAAGUACAUUUCGAUGAUAUGGAUUCUAGUAGAUUAGCGGUAGCUAGAGUCCUAGCUGCUUUCAACAGCACUUCACCAAGCUUGCCACCAGUUGAAACUUCUCCUUGGAGGAUGGACACUAUCCUGAUCAUUGUUGUGUUUGUGAUUGCCCUCAUUGCCUCUCUUCGAUAUAUUGGUAAGAGGGCGAAGGAUUUCAGAGGCUAUGAGAAUGGCGAAGGUCGGGAUGAAGAUACCAAAGAAUGGGUUUGGUUGAGCAAGCCGAGAAUAGACAGCAAUAGUAUCGGCUCGAGGUACUCUCAGAAAUCAACAAUAAAUGUGCCGGAACAAUCAUCACCCUCAUACGAUGAGAAUACUCACACGAGUAUCUCCUAUCGCGGUUCCGAAAUUAGCGUCUUCAUCUCUCCCACGCCAGUUAUCACUGUUCAUGCAGAUCGCCAAGCAGGAGGAAGUUGGCGUUCGAACAAUGGGAGAUCUAGAACUAGAGCUGCUCGUCAUGCUCUAGUAGAUUCAUCAUCAGAUCACAACUUAGCUCGAGUAGUCGCUCGUAGUGGUUCUUGGAGAGAAGAAUCCUAUCCGUGGCCUAAUAACUCAUGGAGUUCCAAACGAAGGCCUCCUCCCAAUUAUUAUGGGAUGAGGGAGAGCGUUGCAUGA